AGCCAGGGACUUGGAUAGGACAAACGACAACUUCCUGGAACAGGCUGUUCCAGAAACCAGAGAGGAAAGGAAAUAGUCUGGCCUGAUCCUGGGUAGUUCACAGGAACCAGGGUAGGAAGCAGUGGUAGUGGAAUUAGUGCUCACAAUAUCAAGUCCCUCUUGAGCAGAAGAAGGAAAACGGGAAAAGAAACAUGCAACACAGGGCACGGGGCAAGUCCGUUUAUGUAGUGAUAAGAGUGAAGAUGGAGAGAAUGAAGGAGCAGAGGGAGACAGGGCCGUGCAGCGCCAGGGGCACUGGAUUCAGACUUGGGGCCAAGUGCUUUCGGGGCAAAAAAGUCCUUGGAGAUUAUGAUAUCAAAGUGGAACAGGCGGAGUUUUCAGAGCUCAACCUGGUGGCCCAUGCAGAUGGAACCUACGCUGUGGACAUGCAGGUGCUCCGGAACAGCACCAAGGUUGUCCGGUCCUUCCGGCCGGACUUUGUGCUCAUCCGGCAGCAUGCGUUUGGCAUGGCGGAGAAUGAGGACUUCCGCCACCUGGUCAUCGGCAUGCAGUACGCAGGCCUCCCCAGCGUCAACUCCCUGGAGUCCAUUUACAACUUCUGUGACAAGCCAUGGGUGUUUGCUCAGCUGGUAGCCAUCUACAAGACACUGGGAGGAGACAAGUUCCCACUCAUCGAACAGACGUACUACCCCAACCACAAGGAGAUGCUGACCCUGCCCACAUUCCCGGUGGUGGUGAAGAUUGGCCAUGCUCACUCAGGCAUGGGCAAGGUCAAAGUGGAAAACCACUACGACUUCCAGGACAUUGCCAGCGUGGUGGCCCUCACCCAGACCUAUGCCACAGCAGAGCCUUUCAUUGACGCCAAAUAUGACAUCCGGGUCCAGAAGAUCGGCAGCAACUACAAGGCUUACAUGAGGACGUCGAUCUCAGGGAACUGGAAGACCAACACUGGCUCUGCGAUGCUGGAGCAGAUCGCCAUGUCAGACAGGUACAAGCUGUGGGUGGACACCUGCUCUGAGAUGUUUGGUGGCCUGGACAUCUGUGCUGUCAAAGCUGUACAUGGCAAAGAUGGGAAAGACUACAUUUUUGAGGUCAUGGACUGCAGUAUGCCACUGAUUGGGGAACACCAGGUGGAGGACAGACAACUCAUCACCGAACUGGUCAUCAGCAAGAUGAACCAGCUGCUGUCCAGAACCCCUGUCCUGUCUCCUCAGAGGCCCUUAACCACCCAGCAGCCACAGAGUGGAACGCUUAAGGAUCCAGACUCGAGCAAGACCCCACCUCAGCGGCCAGCCCCCCAAGGGGGCCCUGGGCGACCCCAAGGAAAGCAACCCCCAGGCGCGGUGCUGCCUCCUCGCCGGCUGCCCCCUGGACCAUCACUGCCACCUUCCUCUUCCUCCUCCUCCUCCUCCUCUUCCUCCUUCUCGGCUCCUCAGCGGCCGGGCGGCCCCACCGCCCACGGAGAUGCGCCCUCCAGCAGCAGCUCCCUGGCAGAGGCCCAGCCACCCCCGGCUGCUCCACCACAGAAGCCCCAGCCUCACCCGCAGCUCAACAAGUCGCAGUCCCUGACAAAUGCCUUCAGCUUCUCUGAGUCCUCCUUCUUCCGGUCUUCAGCCAGUGAGGAUGAAGCCAAAGCAGAGACCAUCCGGAGCUUGAGGAAGUCCUUUGCCAGCCUCUUUUCAGAUUAGCUCUCCAGACACACAGGGGCCCGCGGCCCGCCCAGGAGAGGUAUCUGAGACGUUUGCCAACAAGUCAGCCACAUGUGGCAGUGUUGUCCCGUGAUCUUGACGUGUGUGGCCCCUUCCUCCGCUCCGUUGUGCUCAGUGAUGUGGUGCAGCUCACAAAGGACCAGGUGAAGGUCUCAGGGCAGGUGCCGAACCAGCAAGGGGCGCCGACGUCAGAGAGGACGGAGCUGCCUCCCUGUAGUCAUGAGCAGGUCCUCUGAGAUCGUCGUUUGCUGUGAUUUUAGUGGCCUUACUGUGACGGCGCCAUCAUGUCUUAUUCCUCCUUGUGAAACCAGGAUCCCCUUCAUGGAAGACCCCGGUAGCUUAACCUGGCUCCGAUGCAGCGCUAAGCAUGCCCCACUGUGGUCCUGCUGCCUGUUUGGGGAGAAUAUACUCACCCCCCAAACACUCUUGGCUCUGAGUGUCAGGGACUUACCCACACCCGAUCCCUCGUCACAUCUGUUCAGCUGUUUAAAACACACCUGCCCAGCACACGUGCCCCUCGACAGCUGUGGGGUGAAGCACCUGUGGUCUGCUGUCCUGGAGAGACGAAGGACCUGCAGCCCCCUCCCUUCCCAGCGCGGUUCUUCCAUGCUGGGGGCAGUGACCUUGAGCCCCGAAGCCCUGCUGUAGAGAAUGCAUGCCACUGUAACAGCAGGAUGCCAAGUUCUGUGUUCCUUCCCAAAUAAAUGUUAAGACCGUUGGUGUAAUAAAGGCAGCAGCGUUAACCAGCAUUUGCUUCA